CAAAAUAGGAUUGUGUAAUUUUAUUGUUCAACGUUUCACCGAACAUCCUAUAUAAACAAUUAAAUUCAUCUAUGCGAAACUCUAAUUUCUCAGAUCCUACAAAUCAGAAUACAAAAAACACCCAUCCACAAAAAAACAUGUUCAAAUCCAUUCUGGUAUUCCUCACUUUGAUUUCACUUUGCCCAGUUCAUUGUCGGAAGCCCCACGUCAUCAACUUCCGCUGGCCGGAUCUCUACCCGGCCUCCUUCGCGUGGGACCAAAAGUCGGAGCACUUCGUUGUGGGGUCCCUCCGGCAGAAACAGCUCAUCUCAAUAUCUGACGCCGGCGUUGCAGCUCCCCUUCUCUCCGACGAAUCCCUCCCUGAAAACACCUCUUUCUUUGGCCUCGCCUUAGACCGCUACCACCACCGCCUCCUCGCAGUCGUUCACCGCCCUUCCACCCCAUCCUUCAGCGCUCUUGCCUCCUACCACCUCACCUCCUUCAAUCAACUCUUCCUCGCCCCGCUCCCAAACACCACCGUUCCAAAUGACGUCGCAGUCGAUUUCUCCGGGAACGCUUACGUCACCGAUGCAGCCAAUGGCGUCGUCUUCAAAGUCAACAUCGACGGCGACGCCUCGAUUCUGACAAGAUCUCAGACCUAUCGCAAUUCCGGGUUAAACGGCGUCGUUUACAACUCCAAGGGUUAUCUACUAGUAGUGCAGCCAAACACAGGCAAAUUAUACAAAGUCAACGUCGAUGACGGGACGGCGAGGACCGUUAUUCUGAACAAAGACUUAACGGCCGUCGAAGGAAUCGCCGUUAGAAGUGACGGAACUCUUGUGGCGGUAUCAAAGCAUAAACUCUACUUUAUCAAAAGCCACGACAGUUGGAGCGAGGGAGUAGUGUUUGACGAAACUGCCCUUGACGAGGAGUGGCCAGCCAGUGCCGUGACAGUGGGGGCUGAGGACAGGGUAUACGUGUUAUAUGGGCAUGUAAAGGAGGGCAUAAUGGGGAAUUCAGAGAGAGCGGAUUUUACUAUUGUAGAAGUGGAAUCAGAAAAGGAGAGUAAAGAAGAGAAUGUUUGGAUAUUUGUUUUAUUUGGUUUGGGAUUUGCUUAUUUCUUGUUUUGGAGAUUUCAGAUGAGGCAGCUCGUGCAGAAUAUGGACAAGAAAACUGCAUGAAAAUUUCCUUUUUCUUUUUGGGUAUUUUAAAGAUUUUUUUUUUUUUUUUUUUUCAUGAGAUUUUAAUUAUAGAAAUCGCUUAUUGAUAUGAUGGCGAAACCAUGUUGAAUAUUUCGUGCUAAUAAUAUUCUCUUUUUAAUGCUUA